AUGCUUACGGAUGCCAUAAAAGGUAUGGAAUUCCAUGCCAAGGACAGGAGGAACCUUGAUAAGGAGAUAAAGGAUGGAAUAAAGUUAGCACUUAAAGCAUUAAACGGUUUCAGCCAAUCACUGUUACAGACAGGGCUUGAAUUGCCAAACCCUGUAGAUGCUAUCCCAAGCACCAGCGAUCGUGUUUCUGUUUCCCAGAAACCUUUAGUGGACCAGAGCUCCGCCGAGAGGACUCCGGUCUCGAACACGAAGAGAAAGAGACCGGCCACAAACACGCCGAGUCCUAGCAGCGAAGAGAUGCUCAGGCCUACUAAGAAGCCACAGGUUUCAGGUGCCACUCAGGAAUGGGUGGACGUGCCGAAAAAAAAGAAGAAGAGAGAUCGCAAGGCCCAAGCCGACACUGCGGAAGCCGGCAAAAGGGACUCUAGAAGAAAAAAGCGCCGAAGAACACGGCCAGAGGCUGUUAUAAUACAGCCUGUAGUUGGUCGCAGUUACGCGGAAGUGGUUACGGACAUUAAGAAGUCCGUAAACCCUGAGGACAUGGGGGUGGAGAUUAAGGCUAUCCGGAAAACUCUCCAAGGGGGUGUUUUGCUGGAAUUUGGCAAGACCACUACCGCCCAAAAGAAGUCAGAAUUCAGUGAAGCCCUGCGAGGCGUGAUAAAGGAGACCGGAGUUGUGCGUCAGCUAGCACCGCGGACGCAAAUCCAAAUCUUCGAUUUGGACAUCGCCACAACUGUAGAUGAAGUGCAGACGGCCCUUCAUACUGCAUUGAAGCGUGAAACGAGAGAUGAUUUCAUUAUCAAUAUGACAAAGAAGGACACCAGGGGGAGUCUGAUGGCCUUCGUCCAGAUGAAGGUUUCAGAUGCCAAAGAGCUUUUACAGCAAGGCCAUGUAAAAGUUGGCUGGGUCAGAUGCCGAAUUCGGGAGAAAGUGCGUGCGGUUCGCUGUUUCCGCUGUUUCGACUAUGGUCACACGGCAGCCGAAUGUAAAGGUGCGGACCGAAGCAAAUUGUGCUGGAAGUGUGGCACAGAAAACCACCAAGCAAAGAGCUGCACAAAAGAGCCAACAUGCGUUCUUUUUACAGAAAGAGGAGGUAGCUGCACUGUGGAUCACAUAAUUGGUUCUGCCAAGUGUGUGGUCUACAGAGAGGCUGACCGAAAGUGCAACCAGUCGAGGCGAUGA